AUGGCUGGGAUUCACUUAGCUGAACACUUCAAGGAAGAGCUGACAUGCCCUGUGUGCAUGGACUACUUCAGAAACCCAGUGACCUUGGGCUGUGGCCACAGUUUUUGCCACUCAUGCCUCCUCGACAGCUGGGGAGAAGAUGACAGGCCCUGCCCUUGUCCUCUAUGCAAAAGAGACUUCCAAAUGAGAAACUUGGAGUCCAACCACCGCCUGUGGAAGCUGGCCAGCAUAGGCCAGAAACUGAGACCCUAUUUACUGCAGUUAGAAGAGGAAAAGAUCACAUGUGAGAGACACCAGGAGGAGAAGAAGUUGUUUUGUGAAACAGACCAAUUCUUCCUCUGUGUAUAUUGUUUUCAAUCCCAGGAACACAUCAGGCAUACAGUACAUACUGUAAAAAAGGCUGCAGAGGAUUCUAGGGACAAACUUCAAAAGGCUUUGGAUCUUCUCAGGAAAGAAGUGGAGACAGUUCAGAACAUGCUGGCAGAAGAGAGAAAGAAGGGGAAGAUUUGGAAGGAAGAGGUUCAAACUUGGAAGGAGACUAUGAUAGCUGAAUAUACAAGAUUCCAUGAAUUGCUGAAGAAGGAAGAGAAGCUUCAUUUUCACAUAAUGGCCAAGCAGGAAAGUGAAGACCUGAAGAAUAUAAGAGAAAAUGAGACCAGACUUUCCCAGCACCUUCACAGCUUGAGAGAGGUGAUCAUGGACAUUGAACAAUAUAGCUGGAAGACAAAUAGCCAGCUUCUGCAGGUGGUAGGAGGUACAUUGACCAGGUGUGAAUCACUCUUGGGUCAUAGUCCAGAGACUGCCACCAUUUCAGCGAUCAUUUUUCAAAACACUAUGAUGUGGGAAAUGCUGAAGUGCUUCAAAGGGGAAGAGAAUGGAAUUCCUAUGACUAUUAGGCCUUGA